AUGAAGCUUCACAGGUCAAAAGGCCACGUCGAGCCCCCCCCUGGGCCUUUCAGCCACCUCUUUAUAUCUGGACGAACGCUCAUCGCCUGCCAAAACUGCGCGAGUGCAAAAACUGGUUGUGAUAAAAAGAUACCAUGCUCAAGAUGCCUUGAAAAGAAUCUCCAAUGCAUCGCACGAUACGCCCGUCGAGCGUCUAAAGCCGCAAUUCGAGCAGCAGCACAAGCGGCGUCAUUAUCGACAAACAGCCUUCUUACAUCGACGGUCGAACACGUUAACUCUGAAAAUAUACUCCAAAGUCCGAUACAGCACCUUCACGGGGGUCCAGAUCAGUAUGAUGGCCAUAUCCGAGAUGUCUUCAUUAACCCUCUUUCGCCCUUGUCUGGCUACUCUGCCGCCGCCACAUCUUUGGGCAGUUCAUCCUAUUCGGACGUAAACGUCUUUGAACAUGGCCAAAAUUCACCUAUAAACAUUGGAUUUUCAGAGUUUUCUACAAAGAUGGACCUCAUCGAUGGUGACGUUUCGAUAAACGUGCCGAACGCCUUUCGAUGCCAUACAGAGAAUACGGAUGAUUGCUCCAAUGAGCUAAUAUCGCUGCCGGAAAUGCACUCGUUCCAAGAGAUCAAGAAUUAUGCAGACUUUAUCGGCUACCCGCAACACGCUGGUAAAGACACAUCCAGCUUUCAAGGCGAUCUUUGCAAUCCCGUCCUCGAUGUUGGCGGCGCCCUCAAUCAUCCGUAUUUACCAGAAAUCCCAAAGCUAAAUUCUGCAAAGAUCUGGAUAAGAAGGCUUAAGAAAAAGGGGCUUUUUGACAGUCACCGUCCAAACAUUCAUAUUGAUGAAUCAGUACGGCUUCAUCAUCAACAGCCGCAUCUUCCCAAUUUUUUGUUUUCUAACUAUUCAUACAGAUUGGCAUACAACUGGGUCAAACUGGACCAAGAACUGAGCUUGUUCCACGAUGUUGAGCAGGCACUUUCUCUCUCCGAUUUGGCACGUCCUCUUCCCGAUCCCAACCUUCCGUGCCAUACUAGAUCCAUCAUACAGACUAGCUACUGGUACUUGAUCGAUGGCCUAUACUCAGACAUCAGCGCGGCGAAGCCACCAAGCUUUGAGCUUCGUCCAACCUUGAAGCAAUUGCUCCAAGACUUUAUUCACGGCACUUUACUACCAGGCAGAGUGCCACCACGACAUCUUCAGCUUCUCCUCCACCCGCUCCAGUCUUUGACAUAUCAGUCACGGAGCCUACUUUCGUGGGCAAGGAGCACCCCCUCUCUGGUGUUUAGCGGCAUAGCUGCCUCCAGCGUGCUAGAAACGGAGAGACUUCUUCGAUCGUGGUAUAUACUUGCCACGGAAGCUCAUAUCGAGCAAGAAGCAUAUACAAGCGAUACCAUACUUGGCCUGAUCCUUUACCAUUUCAUAUUCCUCAACCUGGCAGCCAAUCUAGCAGACAUCGAGCGACUUACCAACCCAGGCAUCCUCGACCUCACCUUCUGGCAACGCUUUCUCCAAAAUCAGGGAGGUUUCCGCAGUCGCCAAGAGGCCAUUUUCCACUGCGGCCAAGCGCUACGACACCUUCGCGGCAUCGGCGCCGCCGCACGCCCCUGGUGGUGGCCAGCAGCCGUGCGCAGAGCAAUCUUGACAUUAUGGGCCGCUUCUCACCUUGCGCCUGUCAAUUCGGACCCAAAUAUCCCAGAGGCAUCAUCGUCAGUAUUCCCAAUGGAAGAUCUCUGGCAGCAGAAUCCCAUGGAUGUAGUGCCAGAAACGAACUUGCCGACGCCUGGGCUCUGCAUUGUUGCUAUUGACGGCGUUGCUCCUGAAGAUGCUUGUUUUCGCAACACCAACUGGAGUGAAAAGUAUAUACCGGUUUUAACACGUCUGGAUGAAGGGGUAGUAGUUCUGACCGACGCGAUGGGCAUUCUGGAAUAUGGAAUCUCGCUCAUUAAUUCGUUCCCUCGAUCUUCGGAAGGGGAAGCAGUGGUUGCAAUGCUUAAAGGUCUCGGGCAAGCUUGGGAAGGCAAGUAA